GUCGGCAAUAAUGUAAAAAUGAAUCGAUGUAAUGCAUCGCAGUGACAAAUAUAAUUGUUGUUAUAUUAUACUGUUUGUUACACAUUAAUAAAAAAUCAGAAUUCUGAAGUAACAAAACAUGAACGCACAAGUGGAAAUGGAAAAGGCACAGCAACAAAUGGAAUGUGUUCAAGAGUAUACUAAUAUAAGGGAAUAUCAAAGCAUUAACAUGCAAAAUGCCAACGCAUAUUCGUUACAUACACCGAACGCCGAAUAUGUACUGUCAAUGGACUUUAUGUUGGAAACUAUAACAAUAUGUCAUACCACUCUUGGUGGUGACAUAAGAAACACUAGCAAUCCCAAAGUCAAACGUCUAUCAACCCCUCCCGACCCACGAGCUAAGUAUAAACAUCAUUCCCAGACCAUUACACCAAGUAGCACCUCAUUAUACUCGAGUCAUUACAACACAAAUUGAAUAAAAAUACAAAUAGUGAGCCAAUACUCAUAACAAUACUAAUAGUAUAUUAGAUAUACAAUAUUUAGAAUUUGGUCUUAAUGCUUUGAGAUAGAUAUUAUAAUUCGUUUAACGUUUAAAAGGGUCAGCAUCCCACUGCAAACCUAAAGCCUUCAGUUUUAGCAAUUUAAUUGACAAUGCCUAAAAUAAUCCCCACAUCCUUCAGCAUCUCGAGUACAUAAACUUAAACGGUCGCAAAAUCCAGAAAUUAUUUUACAAAAAGGAACACUGUUCAUUAAACAAAACAAAAUACCUCAAAUAAAAAUCAGUGACUAUAGCAUUUGGAUUCACUCGCAUAAACCAAUCCUCUCAUGAAAGCUCUUAAUACUAAUAAUUCGU